UUCCCGUCGCUUGGACGGUUGAGAUUAUCCGUUAUCUGAUCACGUCCCCGUAUUAGAAACGGGUCUACCGUAUCACUGUUGUGAUCGGAUCCACCGUACAAUAUCCCGAUGCGUAGACGCGGACAUCGUGUCGUUUUAAGAAAUCCAGUUUUCUCUCAGAAGAGGAGUGCCUCUGUACAAACGACUUUCCCUUGACUUGAACAGUGGUUUUCCAGAGCGGUUUUUCGAGAGCGGUUUUCAGUACUCAUCAUGGUGAGAAAGAGGAGAACUGAGCUUCCCAAAGAGGGGGAGCGAUCUGAAUCUCAGCAAGCUAGCAGCAGUGCUGGCCGUGGGGAGCAACAGCCAAUGGAGAGGGAUCCGCAGCAGCAGCAGGGAGCUGGAGGAGGCAGAGGAGGAUACCAAGGAGCAGGAGGCAGAGGAGGAUACCAAGGAGAAAGUGGUAGUGGGGGUCCUGCUUUUCCUCAGCCUCAGCAAGGAAGCCGUGGUGGUGGAGGAUAUCAUCAUCAGGGUGGCCGCGGUGGAUAUCAACAGCGCGGUGGCAUGGUGCCCCAGCAACCUGGUGGCCCACCACCUGAAUAUCAGGGCCGUGGAUAUCAGCCACGUGGAGGAAUGCGACCUCAACAUUCCAGUGGCGUCAUGCCUGAAUCUGGCGGUAGGGGCAGGGGUGGUGAUCCAUGGGGUGGGCGUGGCAGUGGUGGCCGUGGCCCAUCUUAUAGACCGUCUGAUCCCGAGCUGCACCAAGCUUCCCAGGCUCCAUACCAAGCUGCAUAUGCUACUGAGAAAACCCCAUCUGGAAUAUCAGCUGAAUCGUCACAGCAAGCUAGUUCUUCAACUCAGUUGCCUGAGAUGACCCCUUCACAGGCUGCUGAGCAGCUUCAACAGCUUGCUAUCAUGCCUGCAGAGAUUCCUAGCCUGGAGAUGCAGCCAGUGGCCCCUUCGAGCAAAUCAAUGAGAUUCCCACUUCGUCCUGGCAAGGGUACCAUUGGUCAUAAGUGUGUGGUGAAGGCAAACCAUUUCUUCGUACAGCUACCUGAUAAGGACCUUCACCAAUACGAUGUGUCAAUUACACCGGAAGGUACGUCACGGGUUAUGAACCGUGUUGUGAUGGAGCAGCUAGUGACAUUGUACAAAGAAUCACAUCUUGGAAAUCGGCUUCCAGCUUAUGAUGGCCGCAAGAGUCUUUAUACAGCCGGUCCAUUGCCUUUUUCUUCAAAGGAGUUUGUUAUUACUCUUGAUGAGGAUGAUAGCCAAGGCAGCACCAGACGAGAAAGAAAGUUUACAAUUGUCAUCAAGUUUGCUGCCCGUGCCGAUCUUCAUCAUCUAGGGUUGUUUCUGGCUGGGAAGCAAGCAGAUGCUCCCCAAGAAGCUCUCCAGGUUCUCGAUAUUGUUCUGCGUCAACUUCCUACUUCUAGGUAUUUUCCUGUGAGUCGAUCAUUUUAUUCACCUGAUCUAGGGAUAAGGAAGCAGCUGGGUGAUGGGUUGGAAAGCUGGCGUGGUUUUUACCAGAGCAUGCGUCCAACCCAAAUGGGGUUAUCCCUAAAUAUUGAUAUGUCAUCCACUGCAUUCAUUGAGCCGCUCCCUGUCAUUGAUUUUGUAACUCAGCUCUUGAAUAGACCAGAUGCCUUAGCUAGACCACUAUCUGAUGCUGACCGUGUGAAGAUUAAAAAGGCUCUUAGGGGUGUGCGGAUUGAGGUUACACACAGAGGGAAUAUGCGCAGAAAGUACCGCAUAUCUGGUUUAACACCACAGGCAACACGAGAGCUGACUUUCCCUGUUGACGAACAGGGUACGAGUACGACGAAAUCUGUUGUUCAAUAUUUCCAGGAAACAUAUGGUUUUGUUAUUCGACAUACUAUAUGGCCAUGUCUGCUGGUGGGAAAUCAGCAGAUAUAUCUGCCAAUGGAGGUUUGCAAGAUCGUUGAAGGUCAGAGAUACGCUAAGAGGUUGAAUGAAAAGCAGAUUACUAAUCUUCUAAGAGUUACCUGCCAGAGUCCUCGUGAGCGAGAAAAGGAUAUCAGAGAGAUAGUUCAUCAAAAUGCUUAUCAUAAAGACCCUUAUGCAAAGGAGUUUGGCAUCGAAAUCAGUGACAAUUUUGCUGUGGUUGAAGCGCGCAUUUUGCCCGCACCUCGGCUUAAGUACCAUGAUGAUGGUAACGAAAGGGACUGCCGCCCAGAAGUGGGUCAAUGGAACAUGAGGAAUAAGAAAAUGGUCAACGGUGGCACUGUGAACAAGUGGACAUGCAUAAAUUUUGCACGCAAUGUUGCAGAACCUGUUGCUCGUAACUUUUGUCGAGAACUUGCUCAAAUGUGUAAAAUUUCUGGCAUGAAUUUUGAGCUUGAGCCUGCACUUCCGUUAUACACUGCUCGCCCUGAUCAGGUGGAGAGAGCCUUAAAAGCACGUUUCCAUGAGGCCAUGACUGUACUCCGCCCCCAGGGCAAAGAGCUUGAUCUUCUAAUCGUAAUUUUGCCAGAAAACAAUGGCUCUCUCUAUGGGGAUCUGAAACGUAUCUGCGAGAUAGAUCUAGGAGUAAUCUCACAGUGCUGCUUAGCUAAGCAUGUAUUUAAGAUGGCUAAACAGUACAUGGCAAAUGUUUCUCUUAAGAUAAAUGUUAAGGUUGGCGGAAGAAACACUGUGCUUGUGGACGCAUUGUCAAGACGCAUACCUCUUGUCAGUGACAGGGCAACAAUUAUCUUUGGGGCUGAUGUGACUCAUCCCCAUCCCGGUGAGGAUUCAAGCCCUUCAAUUGCAGCGGUAGUGGCCUCACAAGAUUGGCCAGAGAUCACAAGAUAUGCUGGUUUGGUCAGUGCACAAGCCCAUCGCCAGGAAAUAAUUGAAGAUCUGUAUAAAACGUGGCAGGAUCCUGUAAGGGGAACUAUGAGGGGUGGCAUGAUCAGGGAUCUGCUUAUCUCUUUCUAUAAAUCAACUAAGCAAAAACCUCAGCGGGUCAUAUUCUACAGGGAUGGUGUAAGUGAAGGCCAGUUUUAUCAGGUCUUACUGCAUGAACUGGAAGCCAUCCGGAAGGCAUGUGAAUCACUCGAACCAGACUACAAGCCUCCCAUAACAUUCGUUGUGGUCCAGAAACGCCAUCACACAAGGCUUUUUGCCAAUAAUCAUUUUGAUGAACGUUCUGUUGAUAGGAGCGGAAACAUACUCCCUGGUACUGUUGUGGAUACGAAGAUCUGUCAUCCGACUGAGUUCGACUUUUACUUGUGCAGCCAUGCGGGUAUUCAGGGUACAAGCCGUCCUGCUCACUAUCAUGUCUUGUGGGACGAGAACAGAUUCACUGCUGAUGGGCUGCAAUCUCUUACCAACAACCUUUGCUACACGUAUGCAAGGUGCACCCGAGCUGUUUCAAUCGUGCCGGCAGCGUACUAUGCUCAUCUAGCUGCUUUUCGUGCACGUUUCUACAUGGAUCCGGAGACAUCAGACAGUGGCUCGAUGACAAGUGCUGCUGGACGUGUUGCACCCGGUGGCGGUGGCGGAGAUGCACGCAGUACACGGGUCGCAGCUGCUGUGAGACCCCUCCCUCCUCUCAAGGAGAAAGUGAAAAAUGGCAUGUUUUAUUGCUGAGUCUCCCUUGACUUGGAGUUUCCAUUAUGGUUUGAGUGAGUGACUGUGAUAUUCAUGUGAGAAUACCAUUUCCUGUGUUUGUACGCAUCCCCUAUCAAUUCCCGGUUUGAAUGAGAGGAAGAUCUAUUUGAUUGCCA